AGGAACCUUUCAAGAUUUAACAUUUGUCUCAAGGAACCACACUUUAAUUUGUUGAAAAAGAAAAGCUGUCGGUCCAAUCCAAGUGUUCAAACUUGUUGAAAUACAGAGUUUAUGGCUACCCACGGGGCUCCCUGAAGGACCCCUGUGGGAGCCUGUAAGGAGCGCGCACUGUGAUUGUUUUCUGCCCAUUCAUUUCUUGGAGGGGAGGAGUUAACGCUGCCGGAGCUGGGGUCAUAACAAAAUGUGUGUCCCCGACUAAAGCAACAUUAUUUCCGCCCUGGUCCGGUGUCCUGAAUAUCUCUGCGAGGAGCUUUUUUAAAUGGACUCUACAACGAGACUGAGCUGAUAGUUGUUGUGACCGACCACCGCUCCGUGUGCGCUCCGCCUGUCGCUCCUCACCGUCGGAACCGAAGCAGAGGAUGGAUGGAAACUUCUCACCAGUUCCUAUCUUAUCAAUAGUCCUGUUAACCGUGGCGUUGUCACCCUCUACAGCCUUUCUGGAGCCUUACGACCUGUUAUAUGACAAUGCGGUGCAGGCUUUUUACAACAACGACUACAGCGAUGUGGUGCGCUUCAUGGAGGGAGCGCUCAGCAGCUACACAGAGGUCCGGCGCACCAGGGUCCGGUGCCGGCUCGGGUGCCAGGACCAGCAUCCGUUUGAUGCAAGCUUCUCAGACCUGGUUUUCUUCGACGUUGUCCUCAAGAGAGCAGCGUGUAUGAACAAAUGCAUCGAGGAGAUACUCGGCUCGCAGUCGGUGCAUAAAGUCAGCGAGGAUGUAGUGCAGGACUUCCACCGGAGGAUCCCCUACAACUAUCUCCAGCUUGCUUACCAGAAGUUGAAGCAGCCUGACAAGGCAGCAGCAGCAGCUCACACCUACUUCCAGGCCAACCCUGAACAUGUGGAGAUGGGUCAGAACCUGGAGCAGUACAAAGACCUGCAGGGCGUUAAGGAGGACCACUUUGUGGACAGAGAAGCCCGACCUCACCAGCACUCCUUUACUGCAGCGGUGAGGUUGUACGACAAAGGCGACUACGAAGGAGCCAUCGCUCUGUUUGAGGAGGCUCUGGUGGAGUACUAUAAAGCAGAUGUGGAGUGUCGGGCCCUGUGUCAAUGGCCGCAGAGGUUUGAGGGCUAUGACUACCUCCGCUACCGCUACAGCCUCCAUGAAGUCAUAUCAGAUCACUUCACUCAGGUGCUGCACUGUGAACAUGAGUGCGUGCGAGACCUCGCCACCCGAGGCUGCAUUAUACCUGAGGAGGCACAAACAGGAACUGGAGCUCCUUUUGAUUGGCAGUAAAACCAUGGGUGUGGAAUUUACUGAAGGGAAUUACUGGAGCAGCACAGGUGGAAGAGAUGACUCAAACAGGAUUCCCUCUGGUACAGACGGUUGGAUGGAGUAUGUUCCCAUCUCGGAGAAGAAGACAGUCACUGUUGCUGCUCCACAGCAACUCAAAGAAGGUGGCCCCUUGGUGUAUGACAGUGUGAAGCUGGUGCAGAACUCUGCAGCCUUGAACGGGACCCAGCGGGUGCUGCUGGAUCAUGUUAUAUCUGAGGAGGAGUGUUCAGACCUCAGACACCUGGCACAUGCUGUCACCAUGGCAGGAGACGGAUACAGAGGGAGGAUGUCUCCACACACUCCCAAUGAGAAGUUUGAAGGAGCCACUGUACUUAAAACCCUGCAGUACGGCUACGAGGGAAGAGUACCAAUGAGGAGCGCUCGUCUGUUCUACGAUGUCAGUGAGCGAGCAAGGCGAAUUAUUGAGUCUUACUUUCUGCUCAACUCCACCCUGCACUUCUCCUACACACACCUGGUGUGUCGAACAGCUAUCACAGGCCAGCAAGAUCACAGGAAUGACUUGAGCCAUCCCAUCCAUGCUGACAACUGUCUGCUGGACCCAGAGGCCAACGAGUGCUGGAAGGAACCACCAGCAUAUACAUACAGAGACUACAGUGCACUGUUAUAUCUAAAUGGAGAUUUUGAAGGAGGGGAGUUCAUAUUCACAGAAAUGGAUGCCAAAACAGUCACGGCGUCAGUGAAGCCAAAGUGCGGCAGGAUGGUGGGUUUCUCAUCAGGAGGGGAGAAUCCUCACGGUGUGAAGGCCGUCACCAACGGACAGCGGUGUGCUGUCGCUCUGUGGUUCACCCUGGACCCGCUCUUCAGAGAACUGGAGAGACUGCAGGCGGAUGAGGUGAUCCAGGCAUUGGACACACAGUCUGUGUGGGGUCAGGGCCUCACCAUCAACCCUAAAGAUGAACUGUAGAAACAGAAAAAAACUGCUUCACCCCUUUCCAUCAAAUCCUUCUAUAUACUUUAACUACUUAUUGAAUUGACCUUUGGAUCAGAACAUUUCUAUUUUUGUACUGUUUGAAGUGCAAGAUUAAUAAUAUUGUCCGUUUUGUGUUGUCAGUCGUAUUUGUCAGGUUUUUUUUGUUGUUGUUUUGUUUCUCUACACACAAUUACUUGAGUUUACCUUUGGUUCUUUGUCUUUCCUUCCAGUGACAGCCUCUAGUA